UAUCUUCACUAAUUGCUAGGCUGUGUAUAAAAAGGUGGUGUUUGACUAUUGCGGGGCAUAAUAACGAACGAGUUCAAAUGAAUCAGUGACUAGUUAAGUUAACGAACGAAUACGAAGUUAGUUCAAAAUGAGGAUCACUAUUUUCCUAUUUAUCGUUGGCAUAUGCUUAGUCAGUGCAAAAUAUCUGUCUUACGAAACAAAAGAAUCUAACGCAUUACUAAGGACAAAAAGAUCAUACGAUGACGCUUCAAGUUCUACGGAAGAGGAUGAAACUUCAGGUGAAAGUGAUGACGAUAGUAAUAAUUAUGACGAUGAUGAGAUAAAAACUGUUAAACAACAAAAAGAAGAGGAUAAGUUAAAAAUAAAAGCUUUAAAACAACAAGAGAAAGAAGCAAAAGCUCAACGUAAAGCGGCAGAAAAGCGCGAGAAAGAAGAACGCAAACGUUUGGAAAAACUUGAAAAACAAUUACGCAAAGAGGAAGAGAAACAGAGGAAAGAAUUCGAAAAAUCACAAAAACAGGAACAAAAAAGGCAAGAAAAACAGCGCAAGGAGCUUGAAAAAUUGGAGAAAGAGACAUUGCGGGGUGGACCUGUGGAUAAUGAUUUCUUAGAAACUGAAGAAGAAAAUUCUGUGGAGCUAAGCGACAUUUGGAAAGAGUAUAUUUAUGUCAAGUAUGGUUUGAAUUUAGCUAGUACAAAAUUAGAAAAACAGGCAGCACUAAAUCGAUACUUACAAGAAGAACUUGGUAUUAAUCAAAACAGUACUGAAAGUGAACGCUUCCAAGCUGUAAUUCAGUUGAUUCAAACUAAAUUGGCAACUGAUGCUACAGCAAGAACUGCAUUGAAAAAUCAAGUUUUGAGUCACGUAAAUGCUGUAUCAGUUCAAAAAUUACGCGCAGAUCUCGAAAAGGAUCUUGAAGAGUUAAAAAAUAAAUCUGAAAUACUUAAUAACGUAACUUUACCUUGGGUUUCAUUAGCAAAACAGCAGAUUGACGAAAAAAGAUCGUUCCUUGAAACUAUUCAUCAAUUUUUAUCAAGUAUUUUACCCAAUUGGUUAACCGGGGGUCAAAAUGCACAAAACCCAAAUAACGUCAACGACAAUAGUCCAGUCACAGGGCCAAUCAAUGGUGUUUCAAAUGACCCUAAUGUAAUACCAGAAAACAAUAUAGCUCCCGGUGGUAAUGUGGCCACAGAAAAUCAAGGUGAUAUUUUAACUGCUGAUCAAUCCAAUACUGGUGUUUCUACUGAAGGUCACAUUUCACCUCCAAGUGAUUCCAACUCUCCAGCACCAGGCUCCAAUCCAAUUGUUACAGAUAAUGUUGUUUUGGAAGGAAAUGGAAACUUGCCGACUACAGACUUAUCAUCUUCGGGUAAUACGGAAAUCUCUUCGAGUGCCAAUGGUGGAGUUACAGAGAACAGUGAUAACAUUCCAUCUACAAAUGUAAUCGAUAACGUAUCAGCAACAGAUACUAGUGUUGUUCGUCCGGAAAAUACUAAUGAUGUCUUAAGUAGUAGCGCUAAUAAUGAAAUCACAAACAUUCCCAAUCCGGCCGUAAAUCCUAGUGUAUCUAACAACGUCAAUGUUGAUGGAGUCAGUUCUACAAACACUAUAAGCGAUGUCACAUUGCCAAGUACUAACGUGAUUUCUUCUUCAAAUGGUGGACCUUCAGAUGUAGAAAAUAUCGCUGCAUCAGAUUCUAAUUCAGACAACGCUCCAGGUUCAGUAGAUGUGGCAAAUAAUGCACCUGUUAGCUCUACUGAACCGCAAGCUUCCGGAGCUAACGAAGCUGCCCCAAACAAUGUUCUUUCCUCAAGUUCAAGUGACAACGCUUCGCCAAUAAAGCCCGGUAUAGCUUCUGACAGCAGCGUUGACGUACCCAUCGCAAGUGUUAGUGAGAAUAUUCCAUCUGCAGUUUCUGAUAUCAUUUCUCCAGAGGUUAACAACGCAGUUUCAAUAAAUAACGAUGAAAAUCCAACACAAAAUGCAGGCAACGUCGCAGCUGCUACAAGUUCUUCUCAAGGAAAUGAAAUUACUUCCAACAACGAUGCCAAUACAGUACCACUAAGUGUAAGCGAUGGUACUGUAGAUGCAAAUGUCGAUGUGGCCUCUUCUGGAGCUGGUGAAAUUACGUUUACUGUCAACGAUGCUGGUGUAUUAUCUUCGAGUAACAGUGAUAAUUCCAUAGCUCCAGGUUCCCCUUCGUCUAUUAAUAGUAAUGUGGUUGAAACAAAAACUGAGGGCAAUAUUGUACCAAACUCAGCUGAUUCCACCGUAUUGGCAACGGCUGAUGUUAUCAGUUCGGAAGGUAACCUUCCCACCAAUAAUGCUGACGUUGCUAAUCCAACUGAUGUGCAAGAAAAUGUGAAACCUGGUGUGCCACUAUCCGAUGUUGGACCCGUUAAUCCUGAUAUUAUAUCAGCAGGCAGCAGUGACACUAUCCCAAUAAAUAAUAAUGAUAAUCCACCUUCGUCAGGUGUGUCGGGUGACGUUUUACCUCCGAACCCUAGUGUUGUCACUUCUGAAGGCAAUGAAGUUGCAGUAAUUGAUAAUGGUGGUAACGAUGCCUCAAUAAGUGUAACUGAUAAUAUCUCAGAUACAAGCAAUGAUAAAGUCUUAUCCGGAGCACCUUCAGCCAGUGUUGAUGUCACCUCCCCGAUAGUAACAGAAAGUUCGUCUUCACCAAACAAUGAUCCGAAUGAAACAAUUCCUGUAAAUAAUGUUGAUGUUGUAGUUGUCAAUACCUUACCUGUCGCUGGUGUCAUUUCUGUAGGUGGUGAAGCUGUAAAUUCAGAAGUAACUUCAAAUGGAAUUGACAGUGUCAAUGAUGUUCCAGUAAAUAAUGAUAAAAAAGAAAUUGAUGUUGUUCCAUCAGAGAGUUCAGGUCCUGUUUCUUCAAUUGUACCAACCGAUUCUGCCACUGAAAAUAACAAUAAUGUCAACACCGCUUCAGAAGUAGUUACCGCUUUACCAGUCUCCAAUCCAAGUGUUAAUGUAGAACCAGAUGUUAAUAAUGCAGAUACUACAGUUGCGCCAGAAAUAAUAAAUACGAUUCAAACACUUGAUGGCACUGCUCAAAAUGUUCCAAUCAUAACAGAAAGCCCUAUUGAUACUGGUAAAGGAAAUGAACAAGCUACGACAGUCAGUGAUAGUAUAAUUAGUAAUGUUAAUACAGUUUUAACAACAGUCGCCGAAACAUCAGCACCCAGUGAAGCACCUGAGCCACAAUUGAGUGAAAGUUCACCAGUUGAUACAGUGGCACCUGCAGAAGUGCCUACACCUUUAGUAACGGAAGGCGUUACAAUACCAGCCGAGCCAGGAGCUGCAGUGAUUGAAAUUGUACCACAAUAACUACUGAGUUCGUUCUAAAUUAAAGCAACUAAAAUUAUUCAGGGUUGAUUGGAUAUUGUAUAUAUGCAAAGACGUUCACAUUUAUGACUGUAAGAAACUAACUUAUUUUAACAUGAUUAUAAUAUUGUAUGUAUAUUUGCUUUUUUAGCUGAUAAAGCAAUUAAUAACA